GGAUGUGGGAGCCGGAAGCGGAAGUGCGGGAGUAUCCCUAGUAUCGGAGGAGCGGAAAUGGCAUCCAAGAUUCUUCAGCGCCUCCGUCCUUCCCCUCAUAAAGAUCAAAGGGGCCCAGGACCACCCGAGGAACCGCCAGAGAUUGCAGAGUUGGUGGAUGAUCCAGACAUGGCAGUACGGCUGAGCGGGACCCUUAGUUUCAGUGAAGACAGCCUGGUCUCUGAAGGGAGCGAUGGAACAGAAGGGAAAUCACUGGAGGAGCCGAAAGCCCGCCCUCUUCUGACACAACAACUGAGAGAGAUGUGGGCGAAUACUGAAGGUCACAGCGUGCCCAUCAGGUUGACGUUCGAGGUGACCGAGGCUAAUAUUGUGCGCGACGUACAUGCCAAGUAUGUGAUGUACACCAUUUUCCUUCUCCACUCGGGACAAUACGAUCCUUCACCCGCCUUCAUCACCUGCCGCUACUCUGACCUGGAGCGGCUGAGGAAAAGCCUGCGCUCUCAUUAUCCUGAAGAAAUGAGCAAUGUGUCUUUUCCCCAUAAGCGCCUGCACAAGAACUUCACAGCGGAAACCAUCGCAAAACGCAGCCGGGCCUUUGAGCAGUUCCUCUGCCACGUGUCUUCACUGCCCGCUCUACGACGCUCUCCAAAAUUCCUGGGAUUCUUCUACUUGAGCGACAUGCAGAAGGCGCAGCGGCUGACAUGUACCGGAUUAUAUAAACUCGCACUCCCCCUGUGGACAAACUGCUGGCGCCUGCAAGAAAAGCUUUGCCCGACAUGGGCGUCUACACACAGGCUUCUUGUGCUCGAUGGGCUGGUGGUGUGCCACCUGGAGUUAGAUACAUUGGCAGAUGCACAGGCAUACAGCGAACAGGCACUGGCUCUUCUGCAGGCAUCGCAAGAGCAAAAUGUGACUUUACUCAUCGCUUUCCUUCAGGCCCACAUCCAGUUGUCUUGGCGAGUGGGGAGAGACAAGAGGGACUCUGAGGCUGCCUUGAUGAAGCUGAAGGAGGCCGGGCACAGCAUGAGCAACACUCCCACCCUAAAGGAGAUUCUAAUCAAAGCGACAAUAGACUGAUCGACCAAGGCAUCUUGGUGAC